GAUUGGUUGUGUGGUCUACGGAGAUAUUAUUCAUCCUAAUAUUAAACAUGUAUGCUGGGGUAUUGGCUGCCGUGACGGCUGUCAAUAUUUGUCUCUCCUUUGGAUACCUCGAAGAAAGUAGGCUCAGCGUUCAAAAGGGAGUGUGUACCAAAAAUACCAUGACGAAAGGUUUGCUGGAGAGGUCUGUCUUGAAAUCUUCCGCUGGUAAAGAUGUUCUGUGUGACACUGUCACCGAUGGCGGCGGAUGGAUUGUCCUGAUGCGCCGUUAUCAAGGCGAGAAUUUCACAAGACCUUGGGCAGAUUACAAGAACGGCUUUGGUUCAUUUGAUUUUGACUUUUGGCUCGGGCUGGAUGAAAUAUCAAGCUUAACAUCCCGUGGAACUUGGUUGCUCAGGAUAGAUAUGAGGUUCAACAGAGUAUAUUAUUUCAUUACCUACGUAGGCUUUAAGGUAGACGGAGAGGACAAGCAAUACACUCUUCAUGUUGGGACAUACGGUGUUGGGAACGUUAGGGAUGAUUUGUCAAAUCACGACAACAUGAAGUUCUACACCUGGGAUAGCCCUAUAAAAAGCAGCUGCUCACAAAGCUACAAAGGAGGGUGGUGGUUCAAUGGCUGUCAUCUCGUUUAUCUGACUGGGGUUUGGAAGUCGGACGAGGCGUGCAAGGGACUUCAUUGGGAUGGCUUGACUACAAGCAAAAGGAAUCUUGAAUCCGUGGAAAUGAAAAUCCGAUUGUAUUGAUACGUAUUUUACAGCACAAACCACCAACGUCAGAUCAAAGUUCUACACUUGGCUGAGUUAGAUUUGAUCCUAAGCUUUUUUGUGUCUGAUUAAUCUUUUUGAAAUAAUUAUUAAAAAAUUAUUUUGGCAAAACAUUAAAA